AUGGCACCUAUGGUGGAAACAGGUGUUAUGGUGGAUAUUGGUGUUAUAGAGGUUACAGAGGCUAUGGUGGAUACAGAGGGUAUGGUGGAUACGGAGGCUAUGGUGGAUACAGAGGUUAUGGUGGAUACAGAGGUUAUGGUGGAUAUAGUGGUGACACAUCACAUAGUUGUGCCUCCACCAGUGACAGAUCACAUAGUUGUGCCUCCACCAGUGACAGAUCACAUAGUUGUGCCUCCACCAGUGACAGAUCACAUAGUUGUGCCUCCACCAGUGACAGAUCACAUAGGUGUGCCUCCACCAGUGACACAUCACAUAGUUGUGCCUCCACCAGUGACACAUCACAUAGUUGUGCCUCCACCAGUGACAGAUCACAUAGUUGUGCCUCCACCAGUGACAGAUCACAUAGGUGUGCCUCCACCAGUGACACAUCACAUAGUUGUGCCUCCACCAGUGACACAUCACAUAGUUGUGCCUCCACCAGUGACAGAUCACAUAGUUGUGCCUCCACCAGUGACAGAUCACAUAGUUGUGCCUCCACCAGUGACACAUCACAUAGUUGUGCCUCCACCAGUGACAGAUCACAUAGUUGUGCCUCCACCAGUGACAGAUCACAUAGGUGUGCCUCCACCAGUGACAGAUCACAUAGGUGUGCCUCCACCAGUGACAGAUCACAUAGGUGUGCCUCCACCAGUGACAGAUCACAUAGGUGUGCCUCCACCAGUGACAGAUCACAUAGGUGUGCCUCCACCAGUGGCACAUCACAUAGACCUCUGA